GGAAGGAAGCAACAAAUCUAAUACCCCUAUUCUUGCUCUUUCUCUCUCUACAUCCACCUCUUCUCCAAUUCAUGGAGAGAGAAAACAAUCAUCAAGCAACAACAAAUGCUCUGAUUCAUUCUUGUUGAAUUCAGGUAGAUAUAUAUAGAUAGUUGUAUGUAUAAUAUGUAUAGAACCCUAAUUCGGUGAAUCCCCAAUAUCCAAUGCAUUGGUGUUCAAUUGAAUCGGAGUCUUCGAUUGGUUGUGAUUGCGGUGUUGUUGGAUCUGAUGGUGAGAGUUUUGGGGGUGGUGGUUCUAGAAGAGAAUCGUCGGUGUGGUUGCGGUGGUGAUUCUAGUUUUUUGGUGAGGGGUUGCAGAGGCGGCGACGACGACGAUGCAGCUUCACUUCUCACCGGGCAUGAGAAGCAUUACCAUAUCGACCAACAACAAUGGCUUUAUUGACUUGAUGAAGAUCAAGGUCGCAGCUCGCCAUAUCUCUUACCGUACUCUCUUCCACACCAUCCUCAUCCUCGCUUUUCUCUUGCCCUUUGUCUUCAUUCUCACUGCUGUUGUUACCCUCGAAGGUGUCAACAAGUGCUCCUCAUUCG